UAUAGUUUUUGACAUACUUUUAUCUGUAUUAAAUAUUGGUUGUUUUUUAUUGUAACUCAUUAUUGCUUAGAAGAUCAUCCUAGUUUCUGGUUUUGUGGCCCCGGUAGGAUGUACAGUACUGCCAAACUAAAUGGAAAAAGUAGGGAGAUGUGCUGUAUUCCUUGAAGUUUGAUGGUGUUGCAAGUAGCCCCUAAAAUCAAUAUAGAAGAACUUGACAAGAAAACCCAUGUAUCAUCGUUGCCUUUAAGGUUCUUCAGCAAAAGCACUUGUGAGCUUGAAAGAGGGAAGUUUAUCCAGUUCGUGGAAUGAAAAGUAUAAUUCUCUGCAGAAAACACCCCUUUGGAAAAGCAAGAAUGCUGGUUCUGCAGUGGAAAUGCCCUUCAGAAAUUCAAAACGGAGUCGACUCUUCUGUGAAGAAGAUGACAGACAAAUAAACACAAGGUCACCCAAAAGAAAUCAGAAGGUUGCAAUGGUUCCACAGAAGUUUAAUACAACAAUGCCAACGCCAGACAAGAAAGCAUCACAGAAGAUCGGUUUAAGGCUUCGUAACCUGCUCAAACUUCCCAAAGCUCAUAAGUGGUGCAUAUACGAAUGGUUCUAUUCAAAUAUAGAUAAACCACUAUUUGAAGGAGACAAUGACUUCUGUGUAUGCCUGAAAGAAUCUUUUCCAAAUUUGAAAACCAGAAAAUUGACAAGAGUAGAGUGGGGGAAAAUCAGACGAUUAAUGGGAAAGCCACGGAGGUGUUCAUCUGCAUUCUUUGAGGAAGAGAGGUCAGCGUUAAAACAGAAACGGCAGAAAAUAAGACUUUUGCAGCAGCGGAAAGUUGCAGAUAUUUCACAGUUCAAAGAUCUUCCAGAAGAAAUUCCAUUACCGCUUGUAAUAGGAACAAAAGUUACAGCACGUUUGCGAGGUGUCCAUGAUGGACUAUUCACUGGACAAAUAGACGCUGUAGACACUCUUAAUGCUACCUACAGAGUGACUUUUGACAGGGCAGGUCUUGGAACGCACACAGUCCCAGAUUAUGAAGUCCUUAGUAACGAGCCUCAUGAAACCAUGCCAAUUGCUGCCUUUGGACAGAAACAACGGCCUUCAAGGUUCUUCAUGACCCCUCCCCGAUUGCAUUAUGCACCUUCAUUCCAGUCUCCAAUUACAGACAGUGAUCCUUUAUUAGGACAGUCUUCAUGGAAAAACAAAAUUUCGGGCACAGAUAGUGAAACACUAGGAGGCUUUCCAGUAGAAUUCCUCAUUCAGGUGACCAGGUUAUCGAAAAUCCUUAUGAUCAAGAAGGAACACAUCAAACAAUUGAGAGAGAUGAAUACAGAAGCAGAAAAGCUGAAAUCCUAUUCUAUGCCAAUAGGCAUUGAGUUUCAGAGGAGAUACGCAACUAUUGUUCUAGAUCUAGAACAACUAAACAAAGACUUAAAUAAAGUUUUGCAUAAAGUUCAACAGUAUUGCUAUGAGCUUGCUCCUGACCAGGGCCUCCAGCCUGCUGACCAACCGACAGAUCUGAGGCGUAGGUGUGAAGAGGAGGCUCAGGAGAUCGUCAGGCAAGCAAAUUCCUCGACAACAGGACAGCUUUGUGUUGAGAGUGAAAAAUUAACUGAUCUUAUCUCUAGACUUACAGCAAUAUUACUGCAAAUUAAGUGUCUAGCAGAAGGAGGUGAUCUGAAUUCCUUUGAAUUUAAAUCACUAACAGAUUCAUUAAAUGACAUUAAGAAUUCAAUAGACUCCUCAAAUAUCAGUUGUUUUCAGAAUAACGUUGAGAUCCAUGUUGCACAUAUUCAGAGUGGUCUGAGCCAGAUGGGAAAUUUACAUGCUUUUGCAGCUAAUAACACCAACAGAGACUGAAAAUUUUCAUUCGAGCAUACAGCAAGUAGUUCUGGAAUAACCCUCUUCCUUUAUAUAGGCUUCACCAAAUAUCCUAACUGCCAGAAGAUAAGGGAAAAGAAAACCUCUGAGAAAGGACCCUUUUAAAUAUAUUAUAACUGCUUCUUAAGAAAACCAGCAUUACUGGCCAGCGUUACAUUAGAUUUCUCCAUUUGCUAUUCACAUACAGUAGUUUUGCUAACUGGUAAUCUCUUAGUAAUUGCAUUUAUUGUAAUAAAAUUUCAUAUAAUUUGAACUUAGUUUUUAAAAGUUCAGAUGAAUUGUGCCCACCUCUUGCUGUUGGCUCUCCUGGUAUGUUAGGGGUGAUGAAGAGGAAAUGGCUCGAGUUAGUAGCCACAUGGCAGGUCUUUGUUAUGUGAAGCUACGCUUCUGUGUGGGUGUUGAGAGUUGCCAUUUCAGCCCACAGGUAGCCUGGUGCCAACGCGGGCUGAGUGUUCCUGAUCUAAAGAAGCAGCAGAGUAGGGACAGCAGACAGAAGCUGUAAGCUUGAGGAUGUUGGGCAGGUCUAUCGAUCAGUCAGUGUCAUGUUGGAACUCUUAAUUUAUCAUAACUUAUAGAAGGAGUCUCAUGAAGGAAUAUAAAAAUGUAACUGAUGACCUUCCAGAAAGAGAUUGGUUGUGGCUUUCUCCCUUCACACGGGGUGAAAGAAGUGCUUUUGUUGGUAUUUUAUAUAAAUGACUGGUUAAACAUAGUGGUUUUCCAAAUUUUUGUUUGUUUUGCACAACUUUUAAAUUAGAUUACUUAUAAAAAUCUUCAUAUUUAUACGUGUUGGGUAUUGUUGGAUAACCAGUAAAGAUAACCAGUGAGGUAAACUGCAAAAAUAAAAAGUGACAACCUGCCUAUGAGUACCUUUUGGAAUGUUAAUCUUGUAAAAAGUGUGUAUUGGUUUGUUUAAAUAGUCUUGUAAAGCUUCUGUGUAAUGAAUUGUUUCCAGAUAUGGAUUUUCAGAGAUAGCUGUAGAGAUGUUUUUGAUUCUUUUAGAUGCCUCAUUAAAUGAGGUCUUUUAUAUGUUAAUGUAUAAAGAAUAUGUAAACAGGAUUAUUUUCAAUUUUAAAAUUUUGUAUAGUUUAAAGAUGCUUCUGUAUUCUGUGUUGGUAUUGUGCCACUGCAAAACUUUAGUGCAGAGUUUAUAUUUAGCUAAACUUGUUCUGUUAAUUAAGAGAAAUGCAUAAAUCUUUUAUUCUCAAUGAAAUUUGUAACUCUGAAUAAAUUGACCUAUGAGAGUUGAUAUAUUUCACAAAAAUGCAAACUUUUUUGCAGAUGGUCUCAGGUCAUUUUUUUUUUAAGAGAAGUUAAUUGCUGAAAAUGAAAUGUUAUGAGGACAAGGUGAGUAGCUGCUUUAAAAGGUAUUCAGAAACUUUACAAGGGACAUGACAAAAUAAUGCUGAACACUAAUUUUGCUGAGUUAUCCAUGGAAAUUUAACUCUCCUAACAGAGUAGAACAUUGUAGUGGUCCCUGCAACUACUUUUGUAAUUACAUUACCCGUUACUUUGCGGUGUUACCAUCUGUUUUCCGCCAGUGUCAUGCACUGAACUCACUGACUGCCAGGGGCGAUGGGCGCCGCUGCUAGCACAGGGAAAGC